AAAUUACCGAAUUCCGUUUUCAAAAUGAGGCUAGGAAAAAGGUUACUUUUAAUACCUUAAAUGUUACGGCAGAAAUUCCAUUGGUUAAAUACGCAGUGGCUUUUGGUAAAUUUGUCCCGCUUCUAAAUUUGGAAAAAUGUUAUAUUACAAAUAGGGAUGUAAAAAGCCCGGUCCGAUUCCAGAAGUCUUAA